AUGUGUACGUAUAUGUAGGCCUAUGCCUACAAACUGAGCAAGGAGGAGAUUACCUCUUCAACUCCUGGAAGUCUUGUUGCAAGAAGGUGUGAAAUUCUUACCAGUUUUGAUGGCAGAAGACAAACAUAGCUGACAGGACACCGCCAUGGCUGCCAGAUCCAUCCAGAAACUAGACCAGGCUGUCGUGAACAGAAUCGCGGCCGGCGAGGUCAUCCAGCGGCCGGCCAAUGCCCUGAAGGAGAUGAUCGAAAACUGCUUGGAUGCACAAGCCACCAGCAUACAGAUUACGGUGAAGUCAGGCGGUCUCAAGCUCAUGCAGAUCCAAGACAAUGGAACUGGAAUACGGAAGGAAGACAUGGAAAUAGUGUGCGAACGCUUCACAACGAGUAAGUUGCGGCAGUUUGAGGAUCUCAGCAACAUCGCCACCUACGGCUUUCGUGGUGAGGCACUCGCGAGCAUCAGUCAUGUUGCCCACGUGACCAUCACAACAAAAACAGAAGAUUCAAAAUGUGCCUACAAAGGUAGCUAUGCCGACGGCAAGCUCAAAGCACCUGUCAAGCCGUGCGCAGGGAACAAGGGAACACAGAUUGCUGUGGAAGAUCUAUUUUACAACAUGGUCACAAGAAGGAGAGUGUUACGGAAUGCAAGUGAAGAACACAACAAAAUCGUAGAGGUUGUCAGCCGGUAUGCCAUCCACAACGCCGGCGUUGCAUUCACGUUGAAGAAGCAAGGGGAGAGUUCGGCAGACGUCAAGACGUUGCAGAGUGCAUCGACCCUGGACAACAUCAGGAUCAUCUACGGGCCGGCAGUUGCAAGAGAAGUCUUAGAAAUGGAGACGGAAAACAGCAAGCUUGCAUUCAAGCUCCGAGGCUUCAUCUCCAACGCCAACUACUCCGUCAAGAAAUGCAUCUUUCUCCUCUUCAUCAACCAUCGACUGGUCGAAUCUUCGAGUUUACGCAAGGCCAUCGAGAGUGUUUACGCUACCUACCUGCCAAAGGGCACCCAUCCGUUCCUGUACCUCAGCCUGGAGAUUUCCCCCAACAACGUUGACGUGAACGUUCACCCCACCAAGCAAGAAGUUCACUUCCUUCAUGAGGAGGCCAUCAUCGAGGACAUCCAGCAAAGCAUCGAGCAGAAACUCCUCGGCUGCAACUUCUCAAGGACUUACUUCACGCAGGCACUCUUGCCUAGCGCGCCCAUCCCCGUCACCGAAGUCACUCAGAAGUCCUCGGAGGCAUCCUGCGCUGGCACAGCCUCUGCAACGGUCUAUGCUCACCAGAUGGUCCGAACGGACGACAGGGCCCAGAAACUGGAAGCGUUCCUACCGCGGAUGAAGGCGCAGUCAGCAGAGAAAAUGGAGACAGACAAGCCACUUACUGGUAGUGAGAAUACAGAACCAAGCACGAGUGCAAAGAACCAAACGGAUGAACCAAUGGAAAUCGACGAUGCAGACAAACCCUCAACAUCUACCUCAAGCAGGGGACCUCCCACAGACCACGGUCCCAAAGAAGCCAGACAUUCAACUACCUCAGGUCAAAGUUCACGGAAAGGUCGCCGUGGGGGUCAGGGCCACCACUACCGAGAAGUUCGCCUCACCAGCGUGUUGUCAAUUCAACAGAAGAUUGAAGACAACACACAUCAAGGCUUGAGAGAGGUAUUUCAUCACCACACCUUCAUCGGCCUGAUCAAUGCCGAACACGCGCUCGUUCAGCACCAGACGAAGCUCUUCCUCCUCAACACCGUCAAGCUAAGCAGGGAACUGUUCUACCAACUCGUCAUCUUUGACUUCGGCAAUUUUGGCAUCAUGAGGCUGUCGACCCCGGCUUCCAUCUACGACCUGGCGAUGCUGGCCCUCGACUCGGAGGAGAGCGGCUGGACCGAGGAGGACGGCCCCAAGGAGCAGCUGGCCCAGUACGUGCUGCAACUGCUGCAGUCCAAGGCCGAGAUGCUGGCUGAUUACUUCUCCCUGCAGAUUGACAAGGAAGGUAACCUAUGCACGAUACCCUUGUUACUAGAUGACUACAUCCCAGCUCUAGAAAAGCUGCCGAUGUUUGUACUCCGAUUGGCCACAGAGGUUGAGUGGGACACUGAGACAGAAUGUUUCCAGACCUUUGCAAGAGAGUGUGGCCUCUUCUACGGCAUCCACAAAAGCAUUCAUCUGGAGGAGAAAGACUCGAAAGACAAAGAAGAAAAGGAAUCUAGCGCCUCAACGAGCCAAGCAUCUAUGCCGUCCUACAAGUGGAAGUGGACGAUCGAGCACGUGAUCUAUCCUGCCUUCAGGGCAGUACUGUUGCCUCCCAAGAGCUUUGCCCAGAAUGCCAGCAUCCUCCAAAUCGCUAACCUGCCAGACUUGUACAAAGUGUUUGAGAGGUGCUGAUCGCCGAUCUCAAAAGAGCUUUCCCAAAUCCUGCAAAAGAGAAACUGGUGCUGCCAUAAUUUGCUGAACCUGGUGAUCCAAGAUCACGUCUGAUGUCAGUCUUCCGAGAGAUAUUUAUAAAACGGCUACAGAAAAACAUAUUGUUGAUAUUUUUUAAUAAUUUUCGUAGUACUUCAGUGAGAGACCAACAAAGCAAAAAAACUGUUCUUCUAAAGAACAUUUGAAAAAGUGUUCUAGCAUGCCAGAGGGUUUUUUUCAACAUCGGAGGAUUAUCAAAUUAAUGCAUGCUGUAAUGUCCACUGAGGAAUGUUGAAAGGUACUAUUUUUUCAUCUAUGAAUUACAAUAAUUGGUUUACCGGGUACGAUAUUGUCUUGCAAAUGGUUUAUUUGAACAGAAUUGACUGUCAGUACCUGGAACUGAUAUGUAUGUUUUCAGUGGAGUUGUACUCCACCGAGCUUAAGUGAUGGCAAAACACCGCCCUCAAUAGUGAAUGUAAGGGGCAGAUAGAAUGGUUCACAUGGAGUCACAGGCUUGCUAUCCUGAGAUGCUUUCAAGUCCCGACUGACAAUGUUCUAAGCCUCAUCAAAGGAUCUUUAAGUACUUGACACAUGUAUUUAGGCAAUUCCAGAUGGAAGAAUUGUUUUCCUCACUCUAAUUUUAUCGUAGUUCAACAAUUAUUCGUGCAAAACUGUCAUGUAUUCAUUCAGGUUCAUUCACCCCAUGUACUUGGUAGAAGACUUUAAAAGUGUAUUGUAUUUAUAUAGUAUGUUUUCUCAUAAAAGUGUUUUUAAAAACCUUUAAAUGUUCCAAAGUGUACUUUUUCAAACAUAAUUGAGAAAGAAUAAAGCUUUUGCCUUUUAGCUUGAUUUCAAAUAAUUGCUUGGAAAAUUUUGAACAUUUUAAUUUGAAUGGAUAGGACUCUGGUAUUAUUUUUUCAAAUAAAAUUUACUAGAAUGAACGGUUCCCAAACCAUCACUGAGUUUGAACUCUUAAGUUAGGGUUCUGAAGGGGACCCUAACUGAGACCAGGUCAAGGGUUUGUCUGCUUUUAUCUCGCAAUGCUAUUGGCUGAUAGAGUUGGAACCCUGAACAAGCUGACCAAUCACGUGUAUUAAAGCCAUUGUUGAAGGGUUGUAUUCAACUCUGAAUAGAUUAUCCGUUUGAAACGCACUUAAAUUCCAUUGAAAAGUGGGUUUUGUAUCA